AUGACUCCUCCGUCUGACAAUCGCAACCUGGACAAUGCCUAUGACCCGUCGGCCUCCUCGGAGAGUUCUCCCAUCACCUCUGCUCAGAGCUCCCGAAGAACUUCAAUUCAAGAAAAGAGGCGAACUAACGGUCGGGCCUGCAUCACUUGCCACCAGCGAAAAAUUCGGUGUGAUAUCCUCACCAAAGGUGUUCCUUGCACAAACUGCUCCUCGCAAGGGCGUCCCGGCUGCUGCCCUUACCAGAAAAAGCCGAAACAACAGUCCUCUCUGAACACUCUCCAGUCUUCUCGAUCUCCUGUGCCAAUCCGGCCCCGAGGACGGCCUCCGAAGCGAACACCGGUGACAUUGGCCCUUCGCCCGGAAGCAUACAUAUCGCCCGAAUCAGUAGCCAGUCCGGAUUAUGUCGCCAACAUUGCCAGGCCGCCCUCCAAGUCUCCAUCACGAGGCUCCCAGCAAACAUGGGAAGGCGACGAGGUGAACGAAUCCGGCAAUCUUGCGGAUUUCAUAAGCCAGGAAGACUUCCGAGCCUCCGAGAUCAGCUAUCGCGGGCGAAUGUGCUUCCUCGGUUCUGAGAUAUCCAAUUUCAACUAUCUCAUAAGACAGGGCUCGCAGCAACCCAGCUUGGAUCACGUCCUCCAUAUGAGAAACCGCCAAUUCCACAAAAAGUACACCGUUCUCGACAUCAAAAGCAUCCCGGCUGAGGCUUUCAAGCGGCCGGACAAGAAGCUCGCAGAUGAACUUCUCGAGGCCUUCUUUGUUCACGUGAACCGAGGUUGGCCAAUCGUGGACGAGCACGACUUCAUGGCCCAUUAUAACGGCAAUGUCACGGCGAGCUCGGUUCCUCUUCCGCUGAUGAAUGCCUUGUUCCUCGUCGGGGCACACGUCCUGGCGCCCCAGCGCCCAGAGUUGAGAGCGCUGCAGUCCGUCUACUUCCGCAGAGCCAAGACGUUGAUUGACGCCCGGUUUGACCAGGAUCGGACGGUAUAUAUCCAAACCGCUCUUCUUAUGACGUGGUACUCGGACGGCAUGGAGGAGAUUGUGGCGAAUGCCUGGCACUGGAUUGGGAUUGCGGCGAGGACUGCCCUUGGUGUCGGAAUGCACCGAGAUGCUUCUGCUUCGAGGAUGCUCGAGGUGCAUAAGCGGACGUAUGUAAGGCUGUGGUGGGUUUUAUUCCAGUUUGAUACAAUGGUAUCGGCGGCAUAUGGCCGCCCUCAAGCUUUGUGCUUGGAUGAAUCGGAUAUGCCCUUCUUGGAGGCUUCUCACUUUGAAGGGAUCCCGAACGCAGAGAUUGAUUUCAUUACACGGCAUACCCAACUUUGCAUUAUCAUCUCGAGGACCAUGAAGAAACGCUGGGCACUUCGGAUCUCGGAUGCAGAAAGGAUCGAGGCAACCAGAGAGGGUGACCGUGCUCUCGCCCAGUUCAUCACCCACCUACCGCGAUCACUCCGCCUACCCGUUCAUGAGUCUGAAAUUUGGAAAUCCACGCUCCACCUGACGUACAACAAUUUCCUGCUGCUGCUCCACCGCCCACCUCCGAGACAGUCUCUGGGAGACAAGGCGGCGGAAGCGUGCACAGAUUUGAACAUUUGCAGUGAUGCCACAGCGGGCAUGACAUCGAUUCUGGAAACCCUGAACGCGAAGAACGGCCUUUCGUCCCUCUGGCUGUACGGUCUACACGGGGUGUUCACGUGUAUGACACAGGUGAGUACCGAAAUGGCAUCUGAAAGCCCCUUGGUAGCAGCAAAGGCACAGAGGAUGUUCGAGUCGCUUUCGGCUUCGCUUCGGGAACUCGCCUGCCAAUGGCAGUUUGCAAAGGCCCUUGUCCGACUCUUUGAAGAGAGGGAGACGAAGAUACGACAACAACCACCAAAGCUGGCCGGGACGAGCAUGGCACCACAGCCACCGGACGUAUCAGUAGGGGGCGAUGUCCAUGCCGAUGGGAACGGGUUCUCCUUGCGCCCGCAUCCGCUCUCCCAAGUUACUACGGCGCCCGUACUGGUGCACGGUGCGGCGCCAGACAGCAUGGCCCCGGCAUUACCCCAUGCAGGGCAGGCUCUUGGCCCUUAUGAGGGGUUUUCUGGAGGAUCAAGCGUCCAUGUUGGGUCCGAUUUCGGUGAUAUAUUCAUGGGCGAUUUCCCUUUCCAGGACGCGCCUGCAUUGGAGGCUCUCCUGGCUGGCAUGGAUGGGAGUGAUUUUAUUUCUGGGCUGGAGUCUUGA